UUUCCACAUUCAAUAAAAACUCAGAAAUAACUGUGGCAGGCAUUGAACAAUGGAUAUUUCAUACCCUUAUCUUAUCAACUGGUUAUCUAAAGGUACACAGAAGGUGUUCCGUGCACUCGGUAACACAGCGAAACAAUUUCGCUGAUCUAAAUGAUAUACUGGCUUGUGUCAGUUAAUACAGCCACCUACAAAUAAUUUCACGCAGAUGUUAAAAGUAGAAUCAACAGUGAUGUCAUUGCGUACCGUACGCGAGCAUUUCAAAUCCCAUAAAAUAGGUGAUCUUUGUGACGAAUAGUAAACAGUGCUCGUAAACUACGAAAUUAAACACUAGCGUAGUAUACACAAAAGUAUAGUCAGAUAAAAGUGAUUUGUUUAGCCGGUUAAAUUCUGGCACGUUUGUCGGUAUAUUAGGUAUCUAGUUUCAACUUGACGUUGAUCGAUUGGCUGGCAAAUACAUGGUGAACCAGAACGGUGGUGGGGAUAAGUAGCUCGGAGCUCGGAAAUUUAGUCGCCAUGGAGCGUUCCAUCGGUACACCUUGAUUCAACCAUCGCAAUAUGUAGCUGGAAAGGAAGAUGAAGCAACUCGAAACUCAAGAUGUAACGAAGACUUUUUAUUUGAUCUUACCAUUCUUUAUGCACAUCAGUAUGGCGUGCGACAUCAGCAACGUUAGAGAAUACAACUGUAGGGGGGAGGGUGGAAGCCUUGCAAAGCUCACAUGCAACUGCUUGCCAGAUGCUGAGGUUAUUGUGAAGCCAAACUGCAUCCAGGAGUACAGCACUUCAGAGAUCGAGUUCAACGACUGCCGAAGCGUGACUUUCGAAGCGAAAUCCGUCGACAUGAGGAAUUUGCGGCAGAUUAACUUGAAUCGAAUCCAAUCCAUCGCUUUUACCGAAAACAGCAUCAGUUGGUACGGCGAUGUGAGAAGAGACAGCCAAGAUGAACGAUUUGACAUCACUGUGCCUGCUCUCAAGGUCAGAGUUCGCGACAGUGUUGUCAGUUCUAUCGCUAGUCACGCGUUCUCGGGAAAAAUCAACGAAAUCAUCUUCGACGGAGUGACGUUUGAUGAAAUCCAACCGCUGGCUUUCUCAAAUUUGCUCCAAACGGAAAAAAUUGUGAUAAAAAACUCAACUAUACGUAGUCUAGGUGUAUAUGCAUUUAAGAAGUUCGGUACAGAGAUGUUAGACUUGAACGGUGUUGCCGCGGAUUUAGUGCCUAGUAGAGCAUUCUCUAAUUUAAGGGUAUACCAAAGUUUCACUAUAAAUAAUUGUAGCUUUAAUACGGUACGUUCUGACGGGUUUAUCAUCGAACAACCCACUUUAUUCCAAGUGACACAUUCGAACAUUUCAAACCUAAACACUGAGGCUUUCAACGUUGCGGCGCGAGGUAAAGUCUUGUUCAAAAAUAACACCUUUGGCAUAGUGGGCGAUAGGGCGUUCGAUAAAAUUACCAAAACAGAUGUUUUCCAUAAUCCUGAUUUCAUUUUCGACUCGAACACGUUUAAACGUAUUUCACGAUAUUCCUUAACGAUAGACGAUUUCGACGUGAAAUUCAGAAAUAUCUUCAUCAACGAGCCUUGUGAUUGUAACAGCUUGGAUCAUAAAAUAAAAGACACAUACUAUUACGAAGAUAUACAGUGUCUACAAGAUGGCAACUACAUAACGAUCAAAGAUUACAAAUCGAGUAUGUGCUCUGUGAUCACGGAUCACUAUAUCACUAUUAUAAUAUCCUGCGUAGUGGCUGUGUUGCUUAUAGGCGUGAUAAGUGCUUUAGCUCUGUACUAUAAAUUCGUAUAUAUGAGCAAAAAAUACGGCAGCAAAGACCAAAGCAACAAAAACGGGAAUUUGAGUCUGAUUGUGCCUGAUGGUAGGACAUAUAGGGAAACAGAACUGCAUGUUAUUGUAGAAAGAACUGAUCUCUUAACUACCGAUUUGUGAACAGAGUGAAUGUUUGAUUUAGAGUGAUUCUUAUACAGUAUUUAUACAUUUUGUUACCAUUUACUUGUUGUGAAUAAAAAUUAUAAAAAUAUGUCGUUGGUAUUUUAAUAGCAGCAAGUUAUGAAGAUUAUCAUAAAUGAAUAAAUUGCAGAGAAUGAUUGACAGCCGAGAUGAACGAUUUGGCAUCACUGUGCCUGCUCUCAAGGUCAGAGUUCGCGACAGUGUUGUCAGUUCUAUCGCUAGUCACGCGUUCUCGGGAAAAAUCAACGAAAUCAUCUUCGACGGAGUGACGCUUGAUGAAAUCCAACCGCUGGCUUUCUCAAAUUUGUUCCAAACGGAAAAAAUUGUGAUAAAAAACUCAACUAUACGUAGUUUAGGUGUAUAUGCAUUUAAGAAGUUCGGUACAGAGAUGUUAGACUUGAACGGUGUUGCCGCGGAUUUAGUGCCUAGUAGAGCAUUCUCUAAUUAAGGGUAUACCAAAGUUUCACUAUAAAUAAUUGUAGCUUUAAUACGGUACGUUCUGAUGGGU